UAGGCAUCAUCAUGAGCCGCAAGGAAAACACCGGCCCGCAGACCGGGAUCUACAUCAAACCAGAGCCUGAAGAACAACGCAUCGCGCCCCUCGCACCCUCGGGCUCGUGGCAGGCCUCGCAGACGUCUGCGGACGUCAAGCCUGUCGUCAAGCCCGAACCUAUCGACGCGACGCGCCUCCCUGCUGAGGGACAGGCGGUAAAAUCCGAUCCGCACGCGGAGCAGGACGAGAAGAAGGUCCUGCAACCACCAUCUAAGAGCUACUACAAUGUGUACGAGAGAGCUGAAGACAUCCACUACGCACCCGAAGACGCGCUCAAGGAAGGCCUGGGCAUGGUGAGGGCGCUCAAGGCGAGCAUCAAGAAUGUGGACCUGGGGAGCAAAUUGCGCCACGAUGUCUGGGCCGCCGAGAUUGAAAACUUGCUGAGCCAGGGAACACCUAGUACUAUGAUUGCGGUCUGCGGUGCUACUGGCGCCGGAAAAUCAUCCAUUUUGAACGCGAUCUUGGAUGAUAACAUUGUCCCGACAAGCGGGAUGCGUGCAUGCACCGCCGUGGUGACCGAGAUUGCGUAUCACAAGAAGAAGACCAUCGACGGCGCCGUCUCGUUCUUGACUGAGCAGGAGUGGAGAGACGAGCUCAAGGUCUUGCUCGACGACCUCGUCGACGAGGACGGCAACCUCAAGCGGAGCACCGACCUGCGCAGCGACGCGGGCAUCGCGUGGUCAAAGGUCCACGCCGUGUACCCGAACAUCACCCAGGAGCAGCUCAUCAGGAUGAGCGUCGACCAGAUCAUCGCGAGAGACCAGAAGAUCGCGAGGCUCCUGGGGACAACCAAGCAGAUCUGCGCGCCCGACUCGCGCACGUUCGCGAAGGAGAUCGGCAAGUACAUCGACUCGAAGGACCAGAAGCGCGGGGACAAGAAGGACAAGAAGAAGGACAAGGACAAGGACAAGAAGAAAGACAAGGACGAACCCGCGUACUGGCCGCUAAUCCGCCAGGUGCGCGUGUGGUGCAGCGCGAAGGCGCUUUCCACUGGGGCGAUCCUCGUCGACCUGCCCGGCGUCGCGGACGCGAACGCGGCGCGGAACAACAUCGCGAAGGACUACAUGAAGAAGUGCGACUGCGUGUGGAUCCUCGCGCCGAUCACGCGCGCGGUGGACGACAAGACUGCGAGAGACCUGAUGGGCGACGCGUUCAAGAUGCAGCUCAUGAUGGACGGCAACUAUGACGCCAACGCUAUCACAUUCAUCGCAACCAAGUGCGAUGAUAUCUCUUGCUCCGAGGUCAUCCGCGCCCUGAACCUCGAGGACGACCCAGAGCUAGAGGCGACCGAGGAGGAGAUCGACACCUGCAAAAGGGACAUCGAGGAAUGGAAGGUAAAGAAGACCGAUGCCGAGAACGCCGCGAAAGACGUCGACGCGCAGCUCAAGCAGUCUCGCGCGUUCCUCCAAGAGUACCAGGACCACCUCCACGCGCUCGAGAGGGGCGAGCCGUUCGAGCCCCUCCUCACCGCCAAGAAGGGCAAGGCGAAGAAGGACAAGGCCGGCUCUGGCUCCGACUCGGACGAGGAGGAAGAGUCUGAGUCUGAAUCCGAGACGGAGGACGACGGCGAAGGGUCUAAGAGCAAGAAGCGCAAGCGCGGCAAGAAGUCGGAGCGCCCCGCCAAGAAGCACAAGGCGAGUCCGGCGAGCGAGCCGAUGGCGGUCGAUGAUGAGGACGACUUCAUGGUCGAGGACGAGCUGAACUUCUCCGAGGACGACGACGAGGAGAUGGACAAGGAGAAGGGGGGCGAGAGCGACGAGUCGGAUUCCGACUCUGACUCCGACUCGGGAUCGGAGAAGGGCAUGGACGAGGACAAGGACAACGAGGAAGAGGUCACCGUCGAGAGCCUGAAGGCGAAGAUCGAGCAGGUCAAGGAGGCGAUCAAGGAAGGGCGCGUGCAGCUGUCCGAGUUCCGCCAGCAGCGCAAGGACGCGGUGGACAUGCUUGCGACGCUGAAGAAGCGCCAGAACGAAGCGCAGCGGAGGAAGAACGCGUUUUGCUCGCUGAAGCGGUCGGAGUUCUCGCGUGAUGUCCUGAAGGAGGACUUCCGUACCGGCUUGAAGGACCUUGAUGAUGCGGAGCAGGAGCAGAAGAAUCCGGACGACUUCGACCCGACGGUGAACAUCCGAGACUAUGAGUCCAUCGACCUCCCGGUCUUCACCUGCUCUGCCCGCGACUACGUCCGUAUCAAAGGUCAAGUCAAGGGUGACGGUGAUCCCACUUGCUUCACGAGGCCCGAAGACACUGGCGUCCCUGCCCUCCAGCAAUGGUGCCACCAGCUGACCGUGUCCUCGCGCUCGCGAGCCGCGCGCAACUUCCUCAACCACUUGACGACGUUCGCAAAGACCGUGCGCGUGUUCCUGCAGGGCGUCGGCGAGGUCACCGAGGCGGACCGUCUGGCGAUGAAGGAGCAGUGGGAGUCGGACAUGCUCGACCCGGAGGACGAGGACCCUUAUUACGACGACGACCUGAUGGCAAGCUCGGACGACUACAGGCACCUCAUGCAAGACAUGAACCUGUACACUCUCAAGCAGACGAAGGUCGACCGGAACGGCGAGCCCAUCGGUGUGACGCCGCGACUCAUCAAGGAGUUCGAGAAGGUCGUCGAGAACUGCGUGGAAGAACUCCAAGAGCGCUUUAAGGAUGGCCUGGAGGAGAGAUGCAAGAUCGGCGCUACGAACGCUGCGGCCGCGGCGGUGGAGACGUCCGAUGAGUUUGCUGCCAGUAUGCAUUGGGCAACUUAUCGUGCUACACUCCGCCGGCAUGGCUCUUGGCGCUCCGAUCUCAACGUAGACCUCUCCAACCCCUUCACGCGUCAAAUCGCGAGCUCCUGGUCCAAGGUCUUCGAGGCAGACCUCUUCGCAUCCUUCGAGAAGGCGACGACGGAGGUCAUUGCGAAGCUCAUCGCGGAUGUCGAGGCCUCCGCCGCGCCUGGCCUCAAGGACCGUGCUAAGGGUCAAGGCGAGCUGUGCAUGGAAGAGGCCCACCUCGCCUUGCGCAAGACCCUCGACGUCGUGAACGAGACGAUGACAACUGAGCAGAAGGAGGUCAGUCGAUGCCUUGCCCCGCAUAUUCGCGACCAGCUCGUCGACGGGUACGACCGUGCGAUGGAGGAGCGCGGAAGGGGCAGCGUGGCCCGCCAGAAAGCUGUAUUCCACGACUUUAUCGCCGGGAUCAAGGACCGCAUCUUUACGGACGCAGCGGACGUCAUCAUGACCCGUCUCUCGAAGGCCGCGGAGGCCGUUGGCGCCGCGCUCAAUGAGGCUCUCAGGGAGCUCGCGAUGAAGGUCGAAGUCAGCAUUGCCGUUCUGUGGGAGAGUGUCCGCGACGACCCUUCGCAAGUGCAGGCGCGUGCUGAGGUUGUUGAUAUCGUCUCGGAGAUCCUACAGCAGGUUGAGUUGUGGAAGCGCGCUGAAAAUCUUCCUCAGGCCAUCAUGGCCUAGACGUCGACCUAGAUGGAUGAUGAGUAGCCCUUGCUCGUUGUACACCCUCCUGCUCUCGCACGGCUACGUUGUUUCUUGUGCUAUACCUUCCCCUCUGUCCGUACCACCCGCUUGACUUCCUUCCUGCAUCCGCAUACCAUAGUAGUCGGCGGCGCAUCGGCCUUAUUCACCACCUUAUAUUCUCUAUGCUUUGACCUUAUGAUCUGGUAAAUACUGUACUCCAUGCUUGUUGUUGCGCUAUCUAUCUUACAUGCGCGUCUGUACUCCUGAUGCAUAUGAUUCCUAUGGCGUUGUGCU